CAGAGGAGGUAGCUGGCGAUGAGGCUCACCAGCGACAUACCGCCGAAUCAAACGAUAUACAUUAAGAACUUAAAUGAGAAGGUCAAGAAGGAAGAGUUGAAGAGGUCUCUUUACUGUUUAUUCUCACAGUAUGGCAGAAUAGUGGACAUCGUUGAUUUGAAAACAACUAAACUUAGAGGGCAGGCCUGGGUUGUCUUCAGCGAAGUUAUUGCUGCUAGUAAUGCAGUGAGACAGAUGCAGAAUUUCCCGUUUUAUGAAAAACCAAUGCGGAUACAAUAUGCAAAAACCAAGUCUGAUUGCAUUGCUAAAGCUGAUGGUACUUAUGACAAGAAAAAGAAGGAUGAUAAAAAAGCUUACAAGAAGAAACACACAAAAGAAGCAACUGGCGCAGCUAAUGGCCCAAGAGGCGCAAAUGGAGGUCCAAGUAUGGCUGCUGCUCGCCA